CAUGCACUACAUCAACCCUGGCAAGUUUGACAUCACGACUUUGAAGGACGUGGGAAAGACCAAGGAAUUCUUCGCCAAGAUUCGGGAAUGUGGCCUCUCGGACCAAACCGUAUUAAAAAUUAUCAGAAGGGAAUAAAAAAAUAUUUGGACUACCUCAAAGAAACAACAGACCGACCGACCAAACCGACCAAACCAGCAGUGUCAACUGCAUCUAUCCUGCCAUGAGCAUCGAGCAGAAUACGUACGGGCAUUGAACAAAGCUGACCAGCUUCUGAUUUCCCUGCCACCGUCGCAGCAUGAUUUUAGGAGUGACGAUCUCUAGAUUUUGCACGAUAUUGCAUGUCUGAAGCUUUCACCAGACCUGUGUAGCAGCAUGGAGUACAGGCAGAGGGCAGAAGAAGUGAGGGACCACAUGUACAAGUUUGGGACGUGUGAUGAUGAAUGGAAGGUCGUUAAGAGUACUAAAGAUGUUGUGGUUUCAUGGAUGCCAUCUACUGAUCUAGAAGGCCAUUAUAUGUACAAGGGAGAGAGCCAAGUGAUGGCACCAGCUGAGUCACUCUUUCGACAGGUGAUAUACCCUGCAGACAUUAGCUUCAGAGCCUCCUGGGAUAAUGGCCUGAGCAGUAUAGAAACACUAGAAGAGAUCGACAAGGACCUUCGAGUCGUAAGAAGCUGUACCAAGUCGUCGGUGAUGGGGCUUAUCUCUCCACGUGACUUUGUCGACGUCGUACUAGACACAAAGUAUGACGAUGUGCUCUUUACUGCAGGCAAGAGCUUCCUUUAUGAAAAAUGCCCAGCAGUUGAUAGUCAUGUGAGAGGAACCAAUGGUUCUACCGGUGUCAUGUGCUUCAAAAUCGAUGGGGACCCGAAUGUGACGCGUGUGAUUAGCAUUCUGAAUGUAGACCUUGGAGGAAUGCUUCCAAAGACUGUGGUGGAGAGUGCCAUGCCCUCGUCCCUCGUCUCCUUCUUCAGCGAUCUGAAGAAGGCAGCAAAGUCACUAAAUCUAUAAAUGUCCCUGAGAGAGAGACGCACGAUUCACGCUCCCUUCCGCUAUAGAACCCGACGUGCAUUUAUAUUAUGAACGGGAAAUUACGGUCAUCAUUCAAGGUGCCUGCUAGAAAGGUUUCAAGUAGGCGCACAUGUCGAGAGAUCCGUCACUGACGGAAGAAGCAUUAAUUGAUUAAGGAUGAUCAUGAGUAAAAGCAAAGCUUCCGCGUCAUGGCCGAUUACCCGCAGAAUUUUUCCAUGUAUUUGACAUUGUGUGCGUACUGCUGCCGUUAAUGGGCUAAGUGAUAAGUAAUGCUGUUAAUGGGACACGUGGCCAUUAGAGGAAAUUGUGUUUCCUUAUACAGCACUGUUCCAUUGUAAAUCUAAUCCAGACAAUCAAGUUUAGGUUGAUGUAACCAGUGUGUGGGGACGACGACAGCAAUAGUUUCGUGGGUUUCCCAUUAUUGAUUUAUCGCUGUCAUGAAAUGUCCAGCAUGCACUCACUGGUAACCUGAAGGUUUGAUAGACCAUUGUCAAUUCAUUUUACGUCUUUCUAACAGCCCACGCAAAAAGUGUAAUUAUAGCGACUGUGAUUUCUGUGUAUAUUUUCAGUUAUACAUUACGUACCACGUUAUUUAAUGUAUGUACAUAUGACAUGCAAAAUAAAAACAAAUUCGCAGCCAA